CUACUGCGCGUGCGCAGUGAUUGUAUGUGUCAUCAUUUUGCAUUCUGCACGGUGAAUGCCGAAUCUCAAUAGGCGUUUUCCUGCAUCGAGGUAUCUGCUGCUGCAUGCAUCACGGCCCGCUUGUGCCCGCACCGUACCCGUGCCCCGAAAUCAAACCAACGACCCGUAUACUUCCCUGGCGCUGGUUUGGACCCGUUCGCAAGCUCUUAUCAAAAGUAGGGAGACCAACACAUGAAAUCUUUCCACCUACGAAGGAGCUGAGCACAAAAGAUACAUUUGCAAGGAAUUAUAACAGAAAAUUGCGAAGAUGGCAGAUUUAAAGAACGAUUACAACAAAUAUGCAGACAUUGAUGAAGAUGAGAUUCUUAAGAAUCUCACAGAAGAACAGCUGGAGGAGCUUGCAUAUGAAUUAGACCCAGAUAAUAAUAUGCUACCAGCAUCAGAGCGUCAGCGACCUCAAACUAAGAAAGCUCCCACAGGAGACUUUAGUAGACAAAAACUUCUUGAUUUUCUGGAAAAGAAAGCAAAGGAAGAAAAGGAUUGGGACGAGAAAGUACCCUACAAUCCAGGCCAGAAAAGAGGUAAAGUGUAUGAGAAGAAGGAGGAUAAAAAGAAAGAUGAAGAAAAGACCAAUGGGAACAGAAAACAAGAAGAAUGGGAGAAUGAAUUAGAGGGUGCUACAGAAGAAGACCUUGUGGAAUUAGCAGGUAUUCUGGGGUUACACAGUAUGCUUGAUCAAGAACAAUAUGCAGCAUCUCAACGAAGUGUAUUAGGCGAUGACAAAAUUGUAGGACUUGAUGGGGAAAGAAUGAAAUUUUCAGCUGUCACGAAAGCUAGCCUUCCCAAAGAUUUUACAAUGGAACCCCCUAACACUACAGAUGUUGAAGGCUCAAUCAAGAAGCUGAAGGCAAACGAUAAAGAACUCAAAAAUCUCAAUCUCAAUAACAUCAAGGAAAUCAAACUGGAUGUUAUCAAGGAAGUAUUUGCUGCAGCAGGAGACAACACAGUACUUGAAUCCCUCAGCAUGGCUAGCACUGGUUUAGCAGAUAAAGCAGCAGCAAUGGCUGCUGAGGUAAUCAAGAAGAAUUCAACAUUGAAGUCAAUGAACCUGGAAUCAAAUUUCAUCACCAGUGAAGGCAUGAGUAUACUCUGCAAAGCUCUGGCUAACAACACAUCAUUGACUGAAUUCAGAGUAGCAAAUCAGAGAUCAAUGAUGGGAAGUAAAGGAGAACAGGAAUAUGCCAUCAUGUUGGAGAAGAAAAACAAGACUCUUCUAAAGCUGGGUUUGGCCUUUGAGCAUGCAGGACCUAGGUCAAUGGCACAAGAUGCUCUCAUGAGAAACAAUGAAGCAGUGCGUACACAGAAAUCAGGGAAGAAGUGAAACUGGUUAUAACAUGUGUUAACAUGUCACAAUCUCUAAGUGACUUCCUCUGCUAUAAAUGUAGACUUCAUCUCAUAGAACUCUUACUCAAAACUCAGUUCCUUUCACUUGUGUUUGUGUGUUGGGUGGAGGGAUUUUCUCCUGCUGGACAACAUCUGCUGGAUAUCUGCAGUUAGUCUGUUAUGAAACCAAUGGAGAUGAAGGAAACCUGUAAAUACACUCUUUAAGGUGCCCAUGUUUAUGAAAUAUUCUUGAAGUGAUGAUUCUGAAUCUCCAAUUUUUUUCUAGCUUCAGCAAAAUAAAAAAGAUAAGUUUGAUUAUUUCUAAUACUUCCUUUACUUGUAUUUUUUUGCUAUCAGUUUGAAAUUUACCAGUAGACGUCAUGUUCAAUUAUUUUGUUCAAAUCCAGAGUUAGGUUUGCUGUAUCUUUUUAUUUCGGAAUUAAAAUUGCAUUUUUGUUGAUUUGAUUGUUAUUUUGUUUGUAUUCAAAAGAAUUUGAUAGUUGAUGAAAAUAGCCAUCAUUUGGUUUUUAAGUGUAAUGGUAAAAUUGUGUUUCCAUCAUUUCAUUGUCUAAUGAAAUCUAAUUGUAAGAGUACACACAAACACACUCUUACAAUUCCUAUCAUAAGCAUCUGUGAAAUAUGUUUUAUGUUGAAAGGGAACACUUGCAAACAAGAAUAUUCCCAUAUAUCUUGACCAAGAGUCACUUCAUGUAAAACUUUAUUAGGUACUUGUAGAUUCAAUAAUGUUUCAUUUUGGGGAUAUUUUCCCCUAUCGAAGUGGAAUCUUUCCCAGGGAAGGUUACAAAUUCAAGGUGCACUAAUGAGGGAAGGACAUGGCAGGUGUUUUUUUAUAUAGCAAUCAAGCAUCUUAAAUGGAUUUUUUUGUGUGUAGUUAUGAGGCAAGCCCAGGGAAUAGACCAAGUGUACAUGCAGUACUAAUUUGUACAAUAAAAGAAUCAGAAGUGAUACAAACAGCGACAUUGUGACAAUAUUUUUUAGCAGCAGAAAUAUUAAUACAUGUAUGUGACAAAUAAUCUUUGAAGGUCAUUUUGAGCUUGUUCAUGGCCUGAUCCUUGACUGAGAGUAUAUUUGUUACUGCUCUAUACAUGGACAUGCAUGUACACCUAGUGCCUGUAACAAAAGGUGUAGUGCUUGAUCUUACCAUUGAUUUAUAUGUUUGAUUGCACAUAAUGAUCAAUGCAAUCAGGCAUAAAACUCAGCCCUAAGAUCAAUCGCUAAGCUUUGUGUAACCUAGUACUGAGUUUGUUUUCCCCAGGCUUGCUGUUUUUAUAAAAGUGCAAUUAAUAUAAGAUGCUAUGUUAUUCUAAAGUAUUAAGAGAGUUGCAUCUGCACCAUUUCGUACAUCCUCAUCCUGGAAUUAUUUUAUUGAGUAGCGAUACGCAAAUCAGGUCUUGAUAAUUGCCUGUUUUUAAUUUGUCGUAAUUAUAAAAAUCAUUGGGCCCCUUGCGUAUAUGACAAGUAAUGGAUGUGAUAUGAAAAAUAAUGUAGUGUAGGUCAAUAUUUUUUUAGUUACUGAAAUAUUACUUUUAAAGUAGCAGUGGUUCUUUACUAUCACUUUAAGUUAAUAUGUUAAUGUAGUGAGAUCAGGGGCCCAUCUCACAAAGAGUUGCGAUCAAUCACAACUAUGGAAAGCCAGCAAAAUCAACAUAUAAAAUGCAUGUUUGUUCAACAAUUUUUCUAGAUAUGAAUGUAUAUCCAUAAAAUUCAUUGAUUUCUUGACAAUUUGGUGUGUUAUUAUUUGUUUACAAAGGACAUUUUGCAAAUUUCCUGAGAAAAAAUAUGACACUGAUGGAUUUCCAUAGAGUUGCGAUUGAUUAGAUUAAUUGUAACUCUUUGUAAGACGGGGCCCUGAUUUGUAUGGUGCUGCCAUGCUAGUAUGAUUAUAUGAAGAACGUAUUAGAGCAUUUUAUACAAAUUUGCCCAUAAUCAAAUUAUUUGAUCAGAUUUUAUAACAUGCAAAAUGAAAUGAAGGAGGCAAUUUUGCUUUUUAUUUUAAUCCUUGCCGUGCCAACCCAAUUUUAAAUUAUGUGAUAUCCAAGUAUAAUCAUACAUGUAUUUAUCAGAUCUACAUUAUAAUCUUCAUCCCACCUAGGUGUCUUGUGGGAAUCUAUCUCUACUUAAAAAGAUUAGAGAAAACAGAAAUGCAUACUUCUGUUAUUGCUUUGUGUCAAUGUACCCAUUUUAGAAACUUUGUACUACUUAUAAAAGCCAUGGUAUAUUGGACAUCGUGAUAAGUAAAAACAGUAUAUGAAAAAGGGAAAGUUACUUCAACUUGCAAACUGUAUUCAUUAUAUUCAUUAAAUGGUGAUUAUUUAACACUAGAUGAUAUUCAAUUGAGAGGCUUUAAGAACUAGGUAUAUAGAUUUUGUAGAGUGAUUUAUUGUAUUUUAUUCAGCAUUUUAGGUAGAAAUGAGUGGCGUAGCACUAUAAAUAUUAGCACUUCCCAUAAGUCCAUAUUUUGCAUACUAUCAUGCAAAAUGACAUGAAAAUCAUUUCAAUCAGAUUUUUAUUUUUAUUUAGUUCAAAGUAUAGUGAAAGGUAUUGUAAAUAAACAAUUGUCAUUCAUCAAUAUUGUAUUUGUUUAAAAAGAUGGAUCUUAGAGCACGCCUUUGGCUCCUUGGUGAUUAUAUACCAGCAUUGUACAAGUUCCAUUGACAGUUUUACCCAUAGCCUAUGUCACUGUACAAAACAAAUAGGAAUUGGAUAAUUCUGUAGUCACAAUCAUUUUUAAAGGCAACACUCCUAUUAGAGCAAUUGCUCUAAUAAUAUCUAGAGAUAACACCAUGAAUGUGCUUCAUUAAAUAAUUGAGAUGACCAUAUUUAGAAGUUCAUUGGAGUCUGGAGUAUGAGAGUGCUUACGUAGACAAUUACAUGAGCUUUCAUUACAUCCUUCUUAUGGGUUUUAUGCAAAUAACGUUGAAGGUGUGCUCUUUUGCCGAAUAACUUUCAUUUUGAAAUGAUUCAUCUUUGAAAGCAACUGCCAAUCUGUUUAGAUUAAUUGUGUAGGAAUGUUACCUUAUCAACUCGCUGUUAGUCUUAUUUUCUACUAUGUUUGUUAUUUGUGAUAGAUGUGAUAACAGAAAAAGCUUGUGCUAUUAGUGGUGAGUGCACCAAUGGAAUAUCCCAAAACAUGUGGGUUUUUUUUAUGUACCACUGGUACAGAUUUAUAUAAAAAUAUUAAUUUCUAUUGUGUGAAGUAAUACCCUUUCUGUUAAUACAGGAAUCCAUAGAAUCAUUCAAAAUAUCAGACUCUUCUUGGAUUGAAUCAUAGCAAAGAUAAGUCGUCAUCGUUGUGGAUUAAAUAUUAUUGGCUGAUGCUAGAAUGGGUAAACUAAGCCAGAAAUGAACAUGAUUACAGUAUCUUGCAGAACCAUGUCAUUGAUGAAUUAACCAUGUUAAUGUGCCAUUAAAAUGUUUUAUGUUUUGUAUAUUCCAUGUAAAUUGUUUGUACAAAGUCAGAUUAUUUCAUUUAUGAUUAGCCAUUUAGCUAUCAGAUUAUUCUCUUUUCAACUCUUUAUGAAUUGCAUGAUUUUUAAAGCUCUGCCUUCUGCCCUAGGUUGCCAAUAGAAAUUUUCAAAAGAGAAAGGAAGCUUGCAAUUAAUUGACCAAUAUCAUCCGGUCUGAUGCCUUAGUAGGUUUUAUGAUAUAUUUGCAAGUGACUUCAAAUCUUGUGUGCAUGUACUACUUAUUUCAUAUUUAGCAGAAUGUAGGAUUAUUUUAUUGUAGUAAGAUCAGUACUAUAUGUGGUAUAUUCAGGUUUUUAUGAUUAGGUACAUUCUCUCCUUGCAUGAACAUUUUAUUUAGGUGCAAUUCGAUAGAAGUAUCUUUUGGGAGGUGGUUUGGUAGAAUGUCAUAACAUGGAAUAUGUGAAAAGUGAUAAAUAUAUCAUUUUGCUUCUCCGAGUCAUCUUGCACUUGCAUAGAGUACCAUGAAAUUUCUAAGCUUGUUGUGGGUAUAUUGGAAUAGCUGUUCACAUGACCAGGAAAAGGGAGCAUUCUUGUUUAUUCAUGUAUCCUUGAAUAACCCUCACUUUAUGCAACUUCAAAUUGAUAUCAAAGUGCUGGCACAUGAUGCUUGAAUUCAAAUUCAAGCUCAUAGAUCGCCUAUAUUGUUCCAUUCUAUUAUAUCAGUGAGGCAUCAAGAAAUAAUUGCUUAUUAAUAGCCAAGGGAUAUUCUUUUAAACAAAUACUUGGCACACAGCAAAUACUGCCAAGUAUGUUAUUUGUUGAGCCACAAUCUACUAGCAAAAAGACGAAAAGGGUAAAAACAAAAAUGUUCAUUUGCAUAAUACUUAGUCAAUAUUUAUAAUUUGAUGAUGAUGAACAGCAUUUGUAUAGCACCAUUCAGUAAAACAUUCAAAGACACCAGCUCCCCACACAUUGUUCUCCCAGUUUGAAGUGCUAGAUAUGGUUGUUAAGGAACCUUACUCAAGAGUAAGGGAAUAACUUUCAUACUUAUUUCUUACAUAAAAGACAUAAUCUAGAAGGGAGCUUCUGUGCUUUGUAAUGCGUGUGUGGUAAUAUUAUCAUGUAUGUUAAUAUGAUCAUGUUGUCAAUGAUUUACAUGAAUAUUUGAAUCAAUCUGUAAGUAUGUGUAUUGUUUACUGGUGAUGGAAUGUUUUUCCUGGCAUGAUAUUUGAUGAAUGCCAGUAUACUUUAGGGAAGACUCAAGCAUUUGCAGAAAUAGCAUGUUUUUAAUACUUUCAGGAAUCAUUUUUCAAACAUCUGAGCUGCAUUCAUAUAGUAUACUCAAUCAGCAUAUUUUCAACUUCUACAUACACAUACAUGUACAUAUGAGACUUCGAUCAGAUUCGUUUACGUAAAGGGGAUUAAAGCUGGCAACUAUUAGUCAAAGCCAUCUAAAUAUUUCUUUUCUGUACAUCCUAUGUACUUGUACACGGCUUUAUGAAUGUCCCAGACUACUUGCUCUGACCUUUAUUCAUCUAUGUGCAAAUGUGUAAAGGAAAGACAUAGUUGGCUUUGCAGUUAUCAGCUGUAACCCACUUUAAUCGUGAAAGUCUGUUGAUAGUUGCAACACAGAUGUUGGGGAGUACUGAAGCAAUGGCAUCAUAAAAAAUAUAUAUUGUGGGGCAUUUUAGCAUUUUCGAUACCAUGUCUUUUUUUUUUGCAGGUGUUUCUGCAUUAAUUAAAAAUAUAUGAAACACAGUAAUCAUAAUGAAUAUAAAUAAAUACAAAAAUAAAUGAAGGAAUUACAAAUUGUGACGAUUACAUAAUAGAAGAAUAAUUUACAUAGAUAUACAAGUAAACAAUGAUAUAUAAAAUAAAAUGCAGUGGCCAACUAUCGUAAGCAAAAUGCUCGAGAGAAUAGCAGCCAGAGAAAGGUACUAGAGCUCGAAGAAAACACAUCCAACAGCCCAGAUUUAGUGGGAGUCAGUGUAUGAGGGCCCUUAAAAUGUGGCUACAUGAAUACCCAAUAUUCUGUAUUGAAAUUGGUGUAAAGUGGUUGGGUUUCAACUAGUUAUGAGCCAGGUCAAUUUACACUGAUUUCAUUGGGACUAAUUAGGUAUUCAUUUGGUCAUACCCAGAACCAAUUUGAAUGGUCAUAUUUGGUGUGCAGAAGUUUUUAAUCAUAUGCUAUUGAUAUAUGGUCAUGUAAAUGCUGACCUGCAAAGAAAAAUAAUGAAUGACACCACACUAUAGUACUUCUGGAUUUUACUAUGUGUCUUAAUUAUAUUGUAUGACCUGUUUUGUUAUGUUUUUUUUAAUUAUAUUUCACAAAAUUGUGUUGACAGCACUUCAUUUUCUGCCCAUUUUCUGAAAAUGCUUGACUCUAUCUUGAACUACCAGUACCUGUACAUAAUAAACCCUUUCUAUAUGAGCAUUUGAUCGGUUUGUUUGGAGAUUGUAGUAGAAAUCUAAUUUAUUUCAUUCUAAGAAGGUGCACAAACUAUGUUAUGCUGCCAGGUAAUAGAAUCUAUUCUUCACAUAAUUACUGCAUUGUAUUCCCUAAUUUCCUGUUAAAGAGUAAUGUAAAAAUAUUAAUUAGAGGUUAUCAUAAUGAACCGGUGUAACCACAGAGUUGGCAGUUGUAGAAUAUUACUUAAAAUCAAUUUGAAAUCAGUGUGAAAUAAAAACAUGAGUGAGAAUGUUGUAUGAUCUUUAUUACUUCCAGUGAUUUUCAAUGUGCAUCGGAUUCAUUCAUGUUUGUAUAUGUAAUGAACUUUGAUUAAAUUACUGUAUUAAAUGUAGAUUAGACCAUUGAUAA